AGGGGGGCUCCAAGCGGCUGAGAGCCCUGCCACGGGAGAGGUCGCCGCAGCGCCAUGGAGGGGAGCCCCAUCCCGGUGCUCACCGUGCAGACGGUCCCGUACGAGGACCAGAAGCCGACGGGCGGCGGGGGGCUGAGGAGGCCCACGGCCGUCUUCGAGAGCCAGCGCAACUACCUGCCCAACUUCGUGCAGAGCGUGCUCUCUUCCAUUGACCUGCGCGACCGCCAAGGCUGCACCAUGGUGGUGGGCAGCGACGGCAGGUACUUCAGCCGGACGGCCAUCGAGGUGGUGGUGCAGAUGGCGGCGGCGAACGGGAUUGGAAGAUUGGUUAUUGGUCAGAAUGGCAUCUUAUCCACCCCCGCUGUGUCAUGCAUUAUCAGAAAGGUCAAAGCAGCUGGAGGGAUUAUUCUGACAGCUAGUCACUGUCCUGGAGGACCUGGAGGAGAAUUUGGAGUUAAGUUUAAUGUUGCCAAUGGAGGACCAGCUCCAGAUGCUGUUUCUGAUAAAAUCUACCAGAUCAGCAAAACUCUUGAAGAAUAUGCCAUUUGUUCGGACCUGAGAAUUGACUUAUCUCGACUAGGAAGACAAGAAUUUGAUCUGGAGAACAAAUUCAAGCCUUUUCGGGUUGAGAUAAUAGACUCUGUGGAAGUCUACCUCAAUCUUCUGCGGACUGUCUUUGACUUCAGUGGCAUAAGAGGCUUGCUGACAGGGCCAAAUCAACUUAAGAUCAGAAUUGAUGCUAUGAAUGGAGUGAUGGGACCCUAUGUCCGGAGAAUUCUGUGUGAUGAAUUAGGAGCCCCUGCCAAUUCUGCAGUUGACUGUGUUCCUCUGGAGGAUUUUGGUGGCCAGUAUCCGGAUCCAAAUCUGACAUAUGCAACUUCCUUGCUGGAAGCGAUGAAAGGAGGAGAGUAUGGAUUUGGAGCUGCUUUUGAUGCUGAUGGUGACCGCUAUAUGAUCCUAGGUCAAAAUGGAUUUUUUGUGAACCCUUCUGAUUCGCUGGCCAUUAUUGCUGCCAAUCUCUCCUGCAUUCCAUAUUUCCGUCAGAUGGCUGUGCGAGGGUUUGGUAGGAGUAUGCCUACCAGUACUGCACUGGACAGGGUGGCAAAAUCUAUGAAAGUCCCUGUGUAUGAAACACCAGCAGGCUGGAGGUUCUUCUCAAAUCUGAUGGAUUCUGGCCGGUGCUCACUUUGUGGAGAAGAAAGCUUUGGCACUGGAUCUGACCACAUCCGAGAGAAGGAUGGACUUUGGGCUGUCCUAAUUUGGCUCUCAAUAAUGGCAGCUCGAAAGCAGAGUGUGGAAGAGAUUGUCAGAGAACACUGGACAAAAUUUGGCCGUCACUACUACUGCAGAUUUGAUUAUGAAGCGCUGGAUCCUAGAACAGCUUAUUUCAUCAUGAGAGAUCUGGAGGCUUUGAUCACUGACAAGUCUUUCAGUAACCAACAGUUUGCUGUUGGAAAUAAUGUCUACAGUGUGCAAAAAGCAACCAGCUUUGAAUAUGUGGAUCCCGUAGAUGGCACUGUGACCAAAAGACAGGGACUGCGGAUAAUUUUCUCCGAUGCCUCCAGGCUUAUCUUCAGAUUAAGUGCUUCUAGUCACGUGCGAGCCACCCUCAGGAUCUAUGCAGAAAGCUAUGAAAAGGACCCCAGCAAACACGAAAAGGAACCACAAGCCGUACUGAGUCCUCUCAUAGCAAUUGCACUGAAAAUAUCUCAGAUUCAUGAGAGGACAGGUCGAAAGGGUCCUACCGUCAUCACCUGAACCAAGAAAGGAUCACUAACCCAGGGCCAAAUUUGAGAGGGCAAGGGAGAAAGAAGACCUUGCCCAAACACAUCCGCUGUUUGUGCUUUAUAUUACUCUAAGGGUUUGAGGGCUAUGGGAGAGGGAGGGGGGGACAAAAUUCAGUGCUGUUCAUAAUUCAGUUUCAUUGAUCUGCUAAGACAGCAGUGCACUUACUUCUGUACUAUGGCUUCAAUAUCUUCUUAUACCCAAAAAUAACCAAAGAGAAAGCUCCUUUUUUAUGUCAAGGCUCAGUUAUUACAAAAUACCAGCAUGACAGAAAAUACUCUUGUGUUCUGUAUUUGCAAAGCAGGAGUGGGUUACCUCCUCCCCUGGUUGAAUUUGUUGCAAUGCACAGGUUCUUGGGAUUAGUAUUUUGAAAAUCCUUAGUUUUAAUUCAAAAAGGAAAUGCUAUUAUGGUAGCCAAGGUUUUGAAAAAGCUCAGAAACCACAAAAAUUCUCAGUUCCUGGGAUAGUGAUGGGAUGAUCCAUGAUUUUGAAGUGGAAUGUAACAGGGCUCUUGGUCACUCCAGUGGUCUGGAAGGCUCUGCUGCUGAGAAGGGCCUUAUACUACCCAAGAUGCCAGAAUUUUUCCUCUUGGUAUGAAAUGCCACACUAGGCACAGAGUCAAAGCAAUGCAGCUCAUGCACAGAAACUGCAGGUGUGGAUGUUCUAACCCCUACUAGUUUUAGAUGUGUAGCCUGAUCCUCUGCAUGUUUACUUUGGAGUAGGUCCCACUAAGAAAUACCCCCAUGUAAGUGUACAUAAUAUUGCAGCUUUACACUGAGAUUUCAUUUCACUAAUUAUCUUUUCCAAUCAUACUGGCAACUGCCAUUCCUAAUCUCCCAGACAUAGUUCCAUAAACAACAAAUACUGUACAGUUGAAGCCUGGCAUCUAUUACAUUCAUGCACAUUUUAUGUAGGUAAAACGUUUGACUGUAAAAGGUAGAGAAAGGCAAUUACCAUGCAGCAAACUCCUUGGCAUUCAGCUUUCAUUUUCUGCUCUUGUCUGCUGUAUUAUUCCCAAAUGCCUACCCACCAGCACAAAUGCUCUACACAUGUGGUUUACAUGCUUGCAAUUAAAAAGUGCAAUGGCCCUUUCCACCUAGCUUUCUUAUAAACCUUCCUCUAUCCGAAUGUGACUCUGUGCAGUUUUAAUUUAAAAGAGAUACCUAUUUUACUUUUACUAAACAAUGCGUGAAGAGAUUUCCUUCUUUUAGCAUUUAGCUGCUGUAGCUGCCUCUGCAUAGAUCCAUAUUUUUCAUUAGAUUUUACUGAUUUUGGAAAGGAAAUUAUUGGAUUUCCCUCCUGCCUCCUUUUUUUUUUU